AUGUACUUUGCUUACUGCUGGAAAAUAUUCCAAAAGCGAUAUAAUGAAUAUGAACACUCGUUAAAUGAAAAUCAGCAAAUGGACAAGGAAAAAGAGCAAUUUCUCAAACAAAAGGCCGCUCUUAAAGAGCAGAUCUUGCUUAAAUUAGAGACGAUGCAAACGAAUAUCAAUCUGAUGAACACCAACAUACAAACGUUAAACUCCAUUAGUCAACAAUUCGAUGAGACAUCACAGUUAUGGACUUCUUUUCAUCAGAAAUUACGUGCAAAUGAAACUGACCAGAACAAUGUCAAUCACCAAAACCAAAGCACCAAGACACAAUAAUAAAAAAAAAAAAACCCGUUUUCUACACCAGUCCAAAUAGUGGCAGAUUGACCACAAAUUAUAGCAGAAUAACAUAUAUUUUGAUGUGUUUCGUGUGUGUUAAACGUGUGUAGUUACUCUUGUGAUUGUAUAAAAGGGUGCCGCAUACCAUAGUUGUAGUGCUGUUGAUAAAUUUUGAGCAAUAAAGGUGGCCUGCCUCUUAUAUAGUCGUAUCCAAUAACUUUAUGAUUUUGAUUUGUUCCCAAUUGUUAAAUAAAUGCCUGCCACUGUUUGUAAAAACUUCUGUCAAUCUAUUUAGGAUUAAAAUCCACCAUAAAUUCCCGUGCGGCUCAAUUAUCUCUACAUAUCUAUGUUGUCAGGUAUUUUAAUUGUAAUAGGAUACAACUUGGAUACUUGAAACGUAGCAUGUAUCAAACAAUGUUUAUAGG